AUGGGUUUGUUGGUUUUUGGUGUUGAUGUUUUUCAAUAUUGGUUUCAUCUCUGUAUCUAUUUGUUAAACAUUAAUAUUACCUGUAUUGAUUGUACUUUGACUAUCAUUAAUUAUCAUUUAAUGAUAAAGAAAUUAAAUGAUUUGAUUUAUCUAAAUUCCUUGGAAAAUGAAUCACUGGAUGCCAAUAAUAAUAAUAAUAAUAAUAAUAAUAAUAAUAAUAAUAAUAAUAAUAAUAAUAAUAAUAAUAAUAAUAAUAAUAAUAAUAAUAAUAAUAAUAAUAAUAAUAAUAAUAAUAAUAAUAAUAAUAAUAAUAAUGAUAAUGUGGUGGUGGAUUUGAUAUGA